AUGUCCUCCCAACAUUCGGGUUGGGCAUGGAUUGGGUGGGUUAACCCAACCCAAGUCCCAUCCCUAGAUUGCGGAUUUGGUUAUGUUUCUACAACCAAUGAGUACAAAGUGGUAAUCUCGUAUCAGUUGAGGACCCAGUUUGUAGAAGUCCACAUAUACACUCUAAGCAGUGGCAAUGGAUGGAGAAACCUUGGAAAGUUCAAACCUGAAUUCAGCAUACCUACUUGGAAACAAGGUAUCUACCUCAAUGGAGCUCUUUAUUGGCUGGACACUGAUUCUGAUACGAUCAUUUCUUUCGAUUUGGCUGAAGAAAAGUUAUGUGAACCGCUUUCACUGCCUCCUUUGCCACGAGACGAUGAAGAUUAUUAUUGGAAAUACGAUAGAAUAGGGCUUUUGGAUGGGUUUUUGUUUCUUGCUGUUUAUCAGAAUAUCGAAGAAGAAGCGCCAUUUUAUGACAUAUGGGUAUUAGGAAAGAAGAAUGACAAUCCUGACAUGAAAAUGCGGCAAAAACAUCAGUCAUUGGUUUGGAGUAAAGAGUUCAAGGUUGACGCUGACGAAUUUGGAGAAUUUGGAGUAGCCGUUACAAAGAGUGGCGGUGUUUUAACUUACAUUGAUAACCAUCUCAACAUUUACGACCCAAAAACUUCCACCUCGAAAAGGCUUGUGGAAUUUAGCGAAAGGUUUCGUCAAGUCGUCCCUCACAUGAACACCUUAGUUUCAUUGAAAGAAUUGGGAGAAGAAGAAACAAAGGUAAUGAAGUCAGUUGAAAUGGAAGUGACGGAAAAGCUUUGA